AGCGCAUUAUUCUAUUAUAACGCCACCAUACGAGUAUUACGAAAAUUUCAAUGUGUAUAAUGUAUAAAAAAUAAUAUAGUUUUUAUUACUAGUAAUGUUAUAUACUUAUAGUUAACGAAAACGUGUAUUGUUCAUAAAUUGUGAUGUAGUUAUAGAUUGCUAAAUUAAAUUUUUUUUUAUAUACAAUUAUAAUAACAAAAAUUUAAAUAUGAAUGAUUUUGCAAAGUCUCAGCUUAUGAAGUAUGGAUGGAAGGAAGGUAAAGGUUUAGGAAAACAUGAAAACGGCAUUACAGAAGCUUUAAAACCAAAAUUAAAAUUUAAUACAACAGGAAUAGGACAUAAAAAUGAAGAUUAUAAUAAUUGGUGGGAGAAUGCUUUUAAUAAAGCAGCUAGUAGUAUCACGGUUCAAUCACAAACACAUGGAGUUUCUAUAUUUGUUGCAAAAGAAAAUACAACUGAUAAUUUUCUUAAAGAAGAUAUUAAUAAAAAAGAAUUUAAAUAUGAAAAUUUUCUUAAAACUUCUACGUUAUUUAAUGGCAAUUUAAUAGAAAACAAUUCUAAUAUAUAUGAAAAACAAAAUAUUGAAGAAAAUAUUAAUCAUGCUUCUUUAACAGAUGAAGAAUUAUUUAAAAUAUGUAAUGGUAGAACUGUUCAUAAAGGGGCUAGACAUGGAUUAACAUUAAAUGGAAAAUUGAAAAGAAUAGCUCAACAAGAUAAAUAUUUAUUAAACUCAAAUUCAUAUAUGAAUAUAUCAACAAAAUUACAAAGCAGUAAUAAUAUAUUUCAAAAUAAUGAAUAUGAAAAGAUUAAUGAUGAAAAUAUAAUAUUACCAAUAACAUCCGAAACUAUAUUAGUUCCUAAAAAAUGUAAAACUACUGAAAGAAAGAAUAGAAGACGUAUAAAUGAUUUGAGUCAUCAGUUAAAUAUUUUAUGUAAUGUAAGUGAUAAUGAUGAAAAAAAUAUACAUGCUAUAAUAAAAGAUGAAUCAAAAACGGAAAAAAAAGAAAAAAGUAGAAGAAAGAAAAAGAAAAAAGUAAAAAUUUUAAUAUCUUAUGGUGUUAAAGAUAAUGAAUCUGAAGAAAUAGAUAAUUGUCAAAAAUAUUCUUCAAUUUUUAUGGAACAAAACUCAAGGGAUGAAAUAAAUAAAAAAAAUGUUCAAAAACAAGUAAAUAAUCAAAAAAAAAAGAAAAAAGAUAAGAAAUUAAAGAAAAAAAAUCAAGAUAUUCAAUGUAACAUUACUAAUACAUGGGAAGAUGAUGAAUUGAAUGGUUCUCAAGCAAAAAAAUUUAAAAGAUCACAUAAAAUUGAUUCAGAUUUGCAGUUAAUUAAAAAUGAAGAUAUUAAAUCUUUAGAAUGUAAAUUUCAAGCAGAACUUUCUUGUAAUGAAGUACCUUUAAAACAUGAAACCACAAAUUCAUCAAUGAAUAUUGAUAACUCCUUUUCAGAUUUCUCAGAUACAUAUUUUAGAAAAAAAGUGAAACAUUUAAAUAUUAGAAUAGCAAAGAAGAAACAAGCAAAAUUACGUAGAAAAGUAAAAAUUAAAUUGGAUAAGUUAACAGAAAGUUUAAGAGCUGUUCAUUUUAAUACUGAAGAAUCAACUGAAAAAAAUAUUAAAAAUAAAAAUCAAAUAAUUCCAGACAAAAUAAUGGAUAAUAAUAUUAUAAUGGAUAGAACUGAGCCUUUGAAAAAGAAAAAAAAAAAAAAGAAAAAAGUAACAUUAUUAUUAAUGAUAAAAAAAUUAUUAUUGCAAUUAAAUAUUUAUAAAAUCAUUUAUAAUAAC